AUGGGUAAAGAUUACUUGGGAAAUAGGUAUUUUGAAAUUCCUGCUGAACGUAGUAUUGGUAAGAGGAAGCCCACGAGGUGGUACGAUCCACCCAGAGGUGGGGACUUCCAAGAACCUAUUCCUGCUGAGUGGGAAGCUUGGUUAAGAAUGAGAAGAGGUGAACCGCCGUCAGAGGAAGAAAUAGCUACUAAUCUGGCGAUUGCUAAGUUAAAAAAGGAGAAUGCUGCGAAACUGGAAGCAAAGAGAUUAGCUGAGGGAGGUUCCCUUCCAGUCGUGCCCGAUAGAGGCCACGAGUCUUUUCCCACUUACCAGGACCUGCCAUCUGGGGACCCUGAAAAUAAACAGCCUAAUAAAUAG